GUCUCAGGCAGCGCGCACGCCGGCGUGAGAGGGCACGGGGAAAAGGUGGCUCUGGCCGGGGCGGCUCGGCUUCCUGGGGCUAUGUAGCUAGGCUCGCCGGCUCGUGGUCCUUGUUGGUUGCCCUCACCGCGUCCUAGCGCUGAGUUUCUGUUGGGAAGAGGCUGUCCUCACGCCCGCCGCGCUCCCUCGACGGCAGAGCUCGCUCGCUUGCCCGUGGGAGCGUCCCGGCCGAGCUGCUCUGAAGGGGGAGGGGAGGCCAUUUUGUCCCGACCGACUCCCCGGAACCGGGCGGAGCGGCGAGGAGAGGCUGCGGAGCCUCGGUCGGAGCCGCCCUCGGAAGCACGGACGCCGCCACGGUCGGGGCUUCCUCGACGAGGCCGUUCGCAGGUCUCCCGCUCCCUCUCGAGCCUGCCUUCUCCCCACGCCUCCCCAGUCCUCCGGCCCCAGAACGCCCGGGUGAGGAGUUGGCUGUAGUGAGAGGGACCGAUCCCUUGGGGCCGCCGGCGGCGAGAGCCCGAGCCGCUCCUCCCAAUGGCGAAGAAGACGUACGACCUGCUUUUCAAGCUGCUCCUGAUCGGGGACUCGGGAGUGGGCAAGACCUGCGUCCUUUUUCGUUUUUCGGAUGAUGCCUUCAAUACCACCUUUAUUUCCACCAUAGGAAUAGACUUCAAGAUCAAAACAGUUGAAUUACAAGGAAAGAAGAUCAAGUUACAGAUAUGGGACACAGCAGGCCAGGAGCGAUUUCAUACCAUCACAACCUCCUACUACAGAGGAGCAAUGGGUAUCAUGCUAGUAUAUGACAUCACCAAUGGUAAAAGUUUUGAAAACAUCAGCAAAUGGCUUAGAAACAUAGAUGAGCAUGCCAAUGAAGAUGUGGAAAGAAUGUUACUAGGAAACAAGUGUGACAUGGAUGAUAAAAGAGUUGUUCCUAAAGGAAAAGGAGAACAGAUUGCAAGGGAGCAUGGCAUUAGAUUUUUUGAGACUAGUGCAAAAGCGAAUAUAAACAUUGAAAAGGCUUUUCUCACAUUAGCUGAAGAUAUUCUUCGAAAGACCCCUGUAAAAGAGCCCAACAGUGAAAAUGUAGAUAUCAGCAGUGGAGGAGGCGUGACAGGCUGGAAGAGCAAAUGUUGCUGAGUGCUCUCCUGUUCAUCCGUUGCCAUCCACCACCCGUUUCUCUUCUUGCUGCAAAAUAAACCACUCUGUCCAUUUUUAACUCUAAGCAGAUAUUUUUCUUCUCAUCUUAAUUUCAGUCCACCUAUUUUAUUUGUUCUUUCAUCUGUGACUGCUUGCUGACUUUAUUAUUUUUUUCAAACAAAAAAAAUGUAUAGCAAAAUCAUGUCUGUGACUUCAUUUUAAAUGUACUUGCUCAGCUCACCACUGCAUUUCAGUUGUAUUAUAUCUGGUUCCUGUUAUCAACAUUAAACCUAUAGCAAUCAUUUCAACUCUAUUCUGCAAAUUGUAUAAGAAUAAAAGUUAGACUUAACAAUUUUAUUUUGUACAACAGUGGAAUUUUCUGUCAUGGAUAAUGUGUUUGAGUCCCUAUAAUCGAUGGACAUGUGAUAGCAAAGGAAACAAACAAAAGCCAGGAAAAACACUCAUUUUCGCCUUGAAUAUGUAAGUGGGGUUAAUUUUGUCCUGUGCCUUAUGUGGAAAGGAACUUCUUUGGUUUUUCUUUUUUGUUCUGGUGGAAGCAUGUGCAGGAGACAUAUCAUCUAAACAUAAACCAUGAAAAUGUUUGUGGUUUGCUUGGCUGUAAUUUUCAAAGUAGUUAAUUGAGGACAAAGGGUAAUGCAGAAAUGAUAGCUUCGGUUUGCUGAGUCUCAUUUUCAGUGGCCUUGAUAUUUAAACUAUUCCUGCCGCCAGUUCUCCUCCCUGGCCACUCACCUUGCGUCUCAUCUUCCUGCAUGCUGCUUUAUUUGCUUCUUUCCCUCCUCUCCCCCCCUCCCCCUGCCCCCCCCCCCAGCCAUGGUCAGAGUUAUUUAAAAUGAAAAGGGGCAAACCUGUGGGUUUGUCAAAUUUAACAUAAAGCACUGAUUUAACUUGCUAAGUAAACAAAAAGAUAAAUAAAUCCUAACUGCCUACUAUCAGAUGUCAGUUAGCUGGUGUCUUCCUCUCAUUUCCUCCCCUCAAACCUCUACCCUGCUGUCUUACUUCCUUGUCCCCUUUUCCUUCCCUUUGCUCCCUUCUGGUCUAUCCAUCGAGUUUAUGAAAUGGAAGAGUUAAUUGCAUGCACUAGUGUUUGGAGGGUGUUGUGGUUUGUCUUUCUAAUUAGGUAUAUAUCCUAUUCACUUUCCUAGAAUAAAUCUCUGAACCUGAAUUUGAGUAGUCUCCAUUUUGGCAACUCCUCUGGCAGUUUGGUAGCCCAGGAAAGACUUUAAAAAAAUAAAAAGGAGGAGAGGAUUUUAUUAACAUGGUUGCCAAAUGUAUUGAGAUUUGGCCUCUGAAGAAGACUUAUUCAGUGUUAAGUUGUCUUUACCUUAAGAUUUAGAAGUACUUUAUAAUAUUAAUUUUAAGUCCAGUUCUCACACCUCUUGGAAAACUUGUAUUACCAUGGAUCUACAAAAAGGACAAAAAAGGCUUCUCGUGUAAAGAUAAGCUCUCUAGCUACUUGUAACCCUGUCCUUCUCCACUUCAUCUUUCUAGUUUUGCUUCAUUGCUUAUUGUUAGGAUAGGGUAGGUUAAGUUUGCUAUGCUGCUGGCAUCCUAAGAUGAUACCUUUGUUGAAAUAAUUGUGAAUAGCAUGAUUCAUUUCAAGCAGAGGCUGAGUUUAGGACAGCAGCAUCCAUUGAAAAGUCUGUGUCGUCAUGCGCAUUUUAAUGACCUCUUGGCUCACAUAAACAACAGCAUAGGGACCUAUCUGCUAUGAAAACCCAUGGAUUUUUCAGAUAGUGCCCUAAAGACAAUUUUAUAUGCCUCACAGGUGGUUCUUAGGUCUUUCCCACACUUGACUCUAUCAUUGUUUACUAGUAAAAGCAGCAUUGCCAAAUAAUCCCUAGUUUUCCACUAAAAAGAAUAAUGAACUGAUGUUAAAGUUUCUCAAAAAGCUUUAGGUUAAACCUACUGUUGUUAAUGUAUUUGUUGCUUCCCUUGGUCUGGAAUGUGGCAGUAGUUUUUUUGUUGUUGUUUUUUUACUUUUAACCCUCUUUAAUCCUUAUUCAAUUCAAUGACUUAAGGUUUGAGAGCUAAACACUGGGAUUUUGGGUAACAGACUGACAGUUGUGUUGUUUGCAUAAUUAUAAUCGGCAUUGUACAUAGAAAGGAUAUGGCUACCUUUUGUUAAAUCUGCACUUUCUAAGUAUCAACAAAAAAAGGGAAAUGGAGUAUAAAUCAAUUUUUGUAUAAUCUGUUUAACAUGAGUUUUAUUUGCUGAAUAUUAGGGCUUUGCCCCUUUUCUGUAAGUCUCUUGGGAUCCUAUGUAGAAGCUGUUCUCAUUAACACCAACAGUUAAGUCCAUUCUCUGGUACUAGCUACAAAUUCGGUUUCAUAUUCUACUUACCAAUUUAAAUAAACUGAAAUAUUUCUA